CACGCAGCAAGAUGAGAGUUCUGAUUCUGUCUGCAUUCGUUGCUUUCGCCGCGGCAGCGCCUGCGCCGCAAACGCCUAUCAUUGGCGUUAUACCGACCUUCGUCGUUGCGCCUACAAUUCCACCAGGCGAUGUGGAAGCCGCAGUCAUUGACGCUCAGGUCAAAUCCCUUGAUCAAGCCCAAGCUGCCGUCGACCAAGCCAGAGAAUUAACCGAAAUUGCUUCUGAAAAUGUUAACGAAGGUGUUCUUGAGGUUAACGACUUGGCCAAGGAAAAGGCUGACCUAGCUUUGUGGGAGGCUGAAGAGAAGAAAUGGCAAAACCUUAACGCUGAACAACUGGCUAUUGCCCAGCAGCAAGCCGCUGCUGCAAGCCUUGAAGCAAGCGCUGAACCUGAAAUAAAAGCUGCCUCACCUGCCGAAGAACCAAAACCAGAAGAACCCAAAAUAGAAGAAGCCAAAACAGAGGAGAAAAUUGAACAGACCGCUGAAAUCAAAUCUGCCGAGCAACCCGCAGAGCAGCCGGAAAUUAAAUCUGAAAAUAUCGUCGAAACCUCAGUUGAAAUUAAACCCGCUGCUGAAAUAGCACCUGAAGUUAAAGCGACUGAGCUGAAAACCUUGAACCUCAGCGACAUCAAACCAAAACUACUUAGCCCUGUUGUAUACGCUGCUCCUAACCUAGGAUUCGGUUACCAACCAUUGAUUACUCCCGUAGCAUAUUCCCAACCGGCUUGGAACAGUUACUCCGCAGUGACUUCCUUCCAAAACCUGCAAGGUCAACUCUUGACCCAAAUCCACUAAGCUUUUACACUAAGCAAAAUAAAUUAGAAUAUAUCUGUGCAA